GCGAAGCCUGUUUGGGCAGAGGAUUCAGAGGAGCCUGAGUCCAGCGCGGUCAGAGAAACCGCAGAGAGAAACAGGAAGUCUGUACGCAGGAAACCAUCAGCCCACCCGCCGCACGCCCACCACUCCACCCCCCGGCCGGCCGGCCGCCCCGGAGGCCCAGCCCGGGCAGCAGGGCGCGCGCGGGCGGAGGGAGGGCGGUUCCGGGCCCCGGCCGGGGUCGGGCGCCGGGGCGGCGCUGAGGGGCGGGCGGGCCCGAGCGGAAGGCGGCGAGGAGACGGGGCGCGGGGAAGGGCGAGGGCUCGCGGCGGCCCGGCGCCCCGCAACACGCGCGAGGGGGGCGGCGGGGGGCGGUUCCGCGCCGGGGCCCGCCACUGGCCACCCAGAGCUCCGCCGGCCGGCCGAGCGCCCGGAGAGGCGGAGCGGCGGCGAGGCGGCGGCGCCAGGACCCGGCGGAGCGGGCGCAGCGGAAGCGCGGCGGCCGGAGCGGCGGGCGGCGGGCUGCGGGCGGCGCGCAGUCUGCAGAAUGGGAAAUGGGAAGAAUCAGAGAUUCAGAGAAGGCAGGCGACUUACCCAAAGUCACACCGUUCUCGAAGCCCACGUGAAGCCUCGUCAGCCCUCCCUGCUGCAUUUACCCUGCCCCACCUCCACCUCUGUUGCACUCAGGGGCCCCACCGUGGUGCCGAAGAAGGCACCAUGACUCCCACGAGGACCCAGCACUCGUUGGCGGGGCAGACCUAUGCAGUGCCCCUCAUCCAGCCAGACCUACGGCGAGAGGAGGCCAUCCAGCAGGUGGCGGACGCCCUGCAGUACCUACAGAAGGUCUCUGGAGACAUCUUUAGCAGGAUCUCUCAGCGAGUAGAGCUCAGCCGGAAGCAGCUACAGGCCAUUGGAGAGAGGGUCUCCUUGGCCCAGGCCAAGAUUGAGAAGAUCAAGGGCAGCAAGAAGGCAAUCAAGGUGUUCUCCAGUGCCAAGUACCCGGCGCCAGAGCGCCUACAGGAGUAUGGCUCCAUCUUCAUGGGUGCCCAGGACCCUGGCCUGCAGAGACGCCCCCGCCACAGGAUCCAGAGCAAGCACCGCCCCCUGGACGAGUGGGCCCUACAGGAGAAGCUGAAAUACUUCCCCGUGUGUGUGAACACCAAGCCAGAGCCUGAGGACGAGGCCGAGGAGGGGCUCGGGGGUCUUCCCAGCAACAUCAGCUCCGUCAGCUCCUUGCUGUUGUUCAACACCACUGAGAACCUGUACAAAAAGUAUGUCUUCCUGGACCCCCUGGCUGGUGCUGUAACAAAGACCCACGUGACGCUGGGGGCGGAGACGGAGGAGAAGCUGUUCGAUGCCCCUUUGUCCAUCAGCAAGAGGGGGCAGCUGGAGCAACAGGUUCCAGAGAACUACUUCUAUGUGCCUGACCUGGGCCAAGUUCCUGAGAUUGACGUGCCAUCCUACCUGCCCGACCUGCCAGGCAUCGCUGAUGACCUCAUGUACAGUGCUGACCUGGGCCCCGGCAUUGCCCCCUCCGCCCCUGGCACCAUUCCAGAGCUGCCCGCCUUCCACACAGAGGUGGCCGAGACUUUCCGGCCGGACCCAGAAGAUGGGGUGCUAACAGCACCCCCCCCGCCACCGCCGCCGCCUCCGCCUCCCCCAGCUCCAGCUGUGCUGGUCAGCGCUCCCCCACCCCCACCCCCACCCCAGCCCGUGGCCUCCCCGGGCCAAGGUGCCAGGGAGGACGACAGCAGUGGUGGCGUGUCUCCUUUAGCUACAGUCCAGGGAGCUCCCAAGGAAGUGGUGGACCCCUCCAGUGGCCGGGCCACUCUGCUGGAGUCCAUCCGCCAGGCUGGGGGCAUCGGCAAGGCCAAGCUCCGCAGCGUCAAAGAGCGCAAGCUGGAGAAGAAGAAACAGAAGGAGCAGGAACAAGAUUCUGCCAGGAGCUGUCCCAGGACAUGGGUGGGGACCUGAGCUGCUGUAGAGACUGCGGACCUGAAGGGUUAGCUCAGUCCCGCUUCUCCAAGCCUCUCGAGGCUGCAGGUUAGGUGUGCUGGGCAUCCUAAAUGCAGCACGAACAGAACACCUGGGCCCAAAGCCACAGUGCCCUGGAGUCCCGAAGUUGAGUUCCAGCUAGGUUUCCGAGCUUUGCGCUGUGACCUCAGGCAAACUGCCCAUCGUCUCUGGGCUCGUCCAUACAACGGGGCCCCUCCCACCUCCCCGCUUUGUCUCACAGCCAGUUUAAUGGUGCCCCAGUGCUGGC